UGGAUUUUGUAUGGGAGGAGCGAAAUUUUGGUUAUGCAUUAGGUGGGGUUAUGCAUUAGGUGGUCCUGGAUGGUACUCAUACGCUCUCUUCACCAUCAAGUUGACGUUUCUGAUCCACUACUAUCGAAUCAUGUCGGUCUCUAAUAUGCGGUGGCUCUACUCGAGUGCACUCGCUUUUGUCACGCUCUGGGGAAUAUUCAUAGGCGUCGGAGUAUUCCUGGUCUGCAUUCCGCUCCAAGCUUUCUGGGACCCGCGAGUCGACGGACGAUGUUUCCCUUCCCAGUCUACUUUGUGGUACGUCAGUGGUGUUGUGCACGUCGUCACUGACUUUGCAAUUAUCGUCAUGCCUCUUCCCAUUGUUUGGAAACUCAAGCUUCCGCGCUCUCAGAAGAUAUAUCUCACUGGUAUUUUCGGUCUCGGAUCAUUAACCGUCGCAAUUGCUAUUCUUCGGAUGCGGUGGCUCAAGCCCGUUGCAGAUAUGACAUGGUGGAACGUCACACCAGCUUCGUGGUCCAUGGCAGAAAUCGCGUCUGGAAUAACUUGUGCUUGUCUUCCGACAUUCAAGCCCUUGCUAGUUGGUAUAAAGAACUGGUUUCCUCAACUUGAUAAGGGAGAUAGCACUAUUUGUCUUCAGGAGCAAGGAAGCGAGGGAAUUACUGGGUCAACUUUGGCUGCCUUCGAGGGUCAUGGAGUUGUCGGUAGUGGACCGAAAGUACCCACCAGUAUCUCAAUGUAUGGAACUCAGACGAGCAUAUCGGCAAUCCAGGGCGGAAAGAAAUCGAUGAGAAAACCGAUACAGACGGUAUAGUGGUGUUAGCAUAUAUAGAUCUUGAUACUUGUACAAACUUGUAAUUUAUAAUAACUUGGUUCCGCG